AUGGGUGCUAAAAAUGGUGACUUCACCGUGAGUGUGAUCAAUGAAGAAGUGGUGGCAGCAGUGCUACCAAUGCAAGAACAUUGGCUCCCACUCUCUAACCUUGACCUACUUCUACCUGCUGUGGAUGUAGGAGUCUUCUUUUGCUACAAGAACCCCACCAUGCCAAUGUUCACCACCCUAGGGGAAAAUGGCACUAACAAAGUGACCUUUGGGUCCAUGGUGGGGACCCUUAAGAAGGCCUUGGCUCAGGCUUUAGUCUCCUAUUAUGCCUUUGCAGGUGAAGUGGUUCAUAACUCUGUGGGUGAACCUGAGUUGCUAUGCAAUAAUCGUGGGGUUGAUUUUGUUGAAGCUGUGGCAAAUGUUGAGCUUCAGUGCCUCAACUUUUACAACCCGGAUGAUACUAUUGAAGGGAAAUUCGUUCCAAAGAAGAAGCAUGGUGUGCUUGCUGUUCAGGCAACUUCACUAAAAUGUGGGGGAAUAGUAGUGGCAUGCACAUUUGAUCAUCGCAUAGCUGAUGCCUACUCAGCAAACAUGUUCCUCGUAUCAUGGGCUGAGAUGGCCCAGCCCACCAAGCCCAACACCAUCGCCACCGCCACCGCCACUUCCCACUACCCAUGUUUCCGCCGCUCCCUCCUCAGCCCUCGCCGCCCAAUAGGUUCCAUCCACCCUUCCCUCCACCACAUGUACAUCCCCAUCUCCACACUUCCUCCUCCUCCGGCCACCGCAUCCACCACCACUCUCCUCAGCCGCAUUUACUACGUCACCGCGGAGCAGCUCCACCGCAUUCAGUCCCUGGCCGCCGGCACCAGCAACAACACGAAGCCCACAAAACUUGAGUCUUUCUCCGCAUUCUUGUGGAAGAUGGUUGCACGUGCAGCUUCAGGGGACAAAAAUAGCAAAAGGGUGGUGGCCAAAAUGGGCAUAGUGGUUGAUGGAAGGAAAAGACUAAUGGGCAAUGGUGACAAAGAGAAAGAAACAACGAUGGAGUGUUAUUUUGGAAACGUGCUUUCCAUACCCUUUGGAGGGAAACCGGUGGAGGAAUUAGUAGAGAAGCCAUUAGGGUUUGUGGCCGAUGCUGUUCAUGAGUUUUUAACUGCAGCGGCCACAAAAGAGCACUUCUUAGGGCUCAUUGAUUGGGUGGAAGCUCAUAGGCCGGUCCCUGGAUUGGCAAGAAUUUAUUGUAAUAACGCCGACGAGGGACCGGCCUUUGUUGUGUCCUCCGGGCAGAGAUUUCCGGAGAACAAGGUGGAUUUUGGAUGGGGGAAGGUUGUGUUUGGAUCCUACCAUUUUCCUUGGGGUGGUGAAUCUGGUUAUGUUAUGCCAAUGCCUAGCCCUUUAGGGAAUGGUGAUUGGGUUGUGUACAUGCACCUUUGGAAGCAGCAGUUGGAGAUCAUAGAGUGUGAGGCUGCUCAUGUCUUUAGGCCCUUAACUUGGGAUUACCUUAAUCAGUAA